GUGGAGUAGUCUGCCCAGCUGAGAAGCCGAGUCAAGUGGUGAAGCUAGCUACUAGCUAGGCCUAUGACGUAGGCAGACCACCUGUGGGUCAACCGAUCGUAGUAUUAGUCACUGGUGGCCAGUCCGAGAGCUGGCAAGAUGAGUCGCGCUUGGUACAUGAAUGAUCUGCCCGAUGAUCAACGACUGGAACGUCAGAUGGAUCCACCUCAACCGGUUGAAAUAUCUCAGCUUCGAGAACUUACCGGUGUGACCCACUAUAAGUUAAACCCGGCGACUUUGGCGACGGAUGGCGUGUUGGAAGGAAUCAAGCAAGACAGAGGUUACAACUACGAAGAUUGUUGCGAAAUUUCGAAGGGAACCCUCCCGGAUUAUGAGGUCAAGAUCAAGAACUUCUUCACGGAACACAUCCAUACGGAUGAGGAGAUUCGCUUCGUUGAAAAGGGUUCAGGCUACUUUGAUGUUCGCGAUAAGAACGAUCGGUGGAUUCGAAUUGAAUGCCUGGAAGGGGAUUUGAUUAUCCUGCCGGCGGGAAUCUAUCAUCGAUUCACAUUAGACAUGAAUAAUUAUAUCAAGGCUCGCCGAUUUUUCUGUGGCGAACCCAUCUGGACCCCCCAUAAUCGGCCUGCCGACCAUUUCAAGGAACGGCAAUCGUACGUCUCAUGGAUGAAGACAAACUUCCAAGGAGAGCCCGCUCUAACUUCCGCUCAUUAAGCACAAACAACGGAUUUAUUCAUCAUUCAUAACACCCAAUAAACUAAAUUUAUUGACCA